AUGGACGUAUUAAAGAACAAUUUCACAGAGUUACUGCCUACAAUUAAGCAAGCAAUAGAUGAAGCCGAUUUUAUUGCGUUAGAUACUGAAUUGACCGGAUUAAGUGAACGUAUAGGACGAAACAGGAGCUUUGAUAGUCCACAGGCGAGAUAUGCCAAAGUGCGCGCUGCGGCAACAAAGUUUCUGAUCAUACAAUUUGGCCUGUGCACGUUUACCUAUUCAUCCACAGAUGACAAAUUUAUAGCCCGUCCAUUUAAUUUCUACAUAUUUCCGGCGAAUGCUGACCGCAGAGACACAGACGAUGUAGUGUUCAUGUGCAGCGGAUCUAGCUUGCACUUUUUGUCAAACAACUGUUUUGAUUUUAACAAGUUAAUAGCUAAUGGCAUACCGUUUCUGAACAAGCCCGACGAAGAAAUCUUAUUGCGAAGGAGAGCUCACGCCGCACAACGACAGAUAGAAAAUCCACCCGAGGCUGAUGUUGUGGAAGCGGCCGAGAAGGCUAUAAAGUCAAUCGAAGCAUGGUUACAAAACCCGGUCAACAAUCAGCUUAUUAUCGAAACGCCCACUAUUAGACACAAACGGUUCAUUUUUCAGCAAGUCAGGGCGAAGUUCAAUGGAUUCGUAGACGGUGAUAGUAGACCAAAGUCGAUCGCGUUUAUGCGACUAACUGAAGAACAACGUGAGCGGAAAUUCAAAGAGGAUGACGCGCUACUCUCUGACAUCAACGUCAAUUUCCGCGAUGUCAUAGAAAUGUUGGUGGAAGCGAAGAAACCUAUAAUCGGCCAUAAUUGCUUCUUGGAUUUAUGUCAAACGAUUCAUCAAUUUUAUGAGGAAGUUCCAGAGAAAGUACGACAAUUCAAAGCGCUUGCUCACAAACUUUUCGAAACUAUUAUUGAUACCAAACACUUGGCAUCUUCGCACUCAAAGCUCCAGGCCCAUCUUAUUAAAACCAGCGUUCAAGACACUCUCGAAAUAGUCCAAAAACGUCCUUUCACUGAUUUGGGGCCAAAAAUUGUACUCGAUCCGAAAUUUGCUAAAUAUAAAUUUAACGAUAGCUCUUUGUAUCACGAGGCGGGAUAUGACGCUUAUGUCACUGGAUUUAUAUUCGCUCGCUUGGUUGCUUUCAUGCUUCAUGAAAACGAGGAAGCAAAGAGAAACGCAUACUCUUUCCUAGAUGAUGUUCCUGAAGGCGACAUUCCGGUACACAAGAAAGCAGAUGAUGAACCUGUCGAGGAACAGGAUGAAAAUGAUAUGGAUUCCGAAAAGAAAAGACUUGUAGAUUUAAUGUGGACUUCUCCAAAGGUUAUUGGAUACUAUAACAAAUUACACAUGAUGAGGUCGGAUUUCAAAUACCUUAAUCUGACUGGGGAAGAUGGAUGUCCAUCGCCAAAACCAAACUCAUUCCUCCUUUCCAAUAUCCCUCAGAACUGCUAUCAGUCCACCCUUUCGACAAUCUUUGAAGAUUUUGCGCCAAUUUUCGUCAACUGGGUAGACGAUUCGAAUUGUUGGCUAACCGUAAAACACGAUAAAAAAUGUGAGAAGUUAAAAGAGGCAAAAGUAAGCGAGUUGAAAUUCUUUCAAGAGUUUAUGGAAGGCAAUAAGAGAGCAAAGAAAGCGCAAGAAAAUGGGGUGACGGCAGAGAUGGGAGAAAUUACAAUCAUUCCGUGGGGAGACUGGAUCAGAAAUAUUGUUUGGGAAGAUGUAGACCAAAAACAGGCGGAGAGAGAGAGUGGGGAUGGCGAAGAAGAAAGUGGGGAAGGUAGUGAAACAAUAUCAAAUGUUUCAAGCACCAAAUCGGAGCAAGAGCGUCGGUAUUCUGCGGCCUCAUCUUCUUCAAUCAAAUCAUUAUUGUCGAAUUUAGACAACAUGGAAUGGCCACCGCCGGCAGAUAGGCUUCCGUUUCCAACGAAAGACGGUGAAGCUACUCGUUCGGUCGAGGUCAACAGUUAUGCGGUAGAAACCUGGGGCCAGGUCGGGAUCGAAGGCAAUGACAACGCUAAUAAUGACAAUGUAAGCAACGAGGCCAACCAUGCUACCUCACCAAUCACACUUGAUUCUGCAAGUCAAAGUAAGCGCAGGAUUGAUGAUGAAGUAAGUGGAAGUGAUGCCAAUGUAUGUGAGAAAAGUGAUAAUGAGAGUGCUAAAAAGAGUCGAACGAGUUAG